AUGUCCUUCUGUCCCAAGCCAUGCCGUUGCACAUACAAUAUCACUGACUGCACCUCACAGGAACUGACUGAGGAAUCCCUCCCUACUUCCUUCAGUCCCUCAACUAGUGUUAUCUUCCUCAACGACAACAGGCUCUCCUUUAUUCCCAAUGGGCUCUUUGACAACCUGAAGAGCCUUAAAGUGGUCCACCUGUGGCAGAACCCGUGGGAGUGCGACUGCGACAUCCUCUACCUGCGUUCAUGGCUUCAGUGGCAGCAGAACCGGGCCCACUAUAGAAAAGUGAUAUGUGCAUCCCCAGCUCACCUGCAGGGCAGGAUCAUUGCAUACCUGUCAGAGGAGGAGAUCAUCACCACCUGCCAGUACUGGUAUUGCAGCUUGGCCUUCGUUUUCCAGCUCUGCCUCUUUGUCCUCAUCCUCAUCCAGGUUGUCCUGGCCCUCCUCGUUAUAGUUUACCUGCAAAGGUUCCGGAAAUUUGCCAAAGAAGCCAAAAGGGUAGCCACUGAGAUGCACCAGCAUGGAGACACAUAG